AUCACAAGAAAAGAGAAGAAGCAAGAGGCAAUUGGAUUUGGAGCUGCUAGCUUGGAUUUCUAGAAGCUUUCUAGGGCAGCAGCGGCGAAGCUUCCAAUCGGUGGGGGAUAUAAUCCGCGAUAGGGUUUCUUCUCGAGCUCUUCCCAUCGAUCCGAUUUGAAAAAACGCGAUUGCAUGACUGUGAACGGCGCGGCCAGGAAGAAGAUUGCUUCCCCUCCCAGCAAUCUCUUGAUAUCUCAUGAAAUUGGCGAUCGCCCGGAGGAGCAGCAGCAGCGGCGGCGGGCAGGGAUCAAGCGGAAGCGCGCGCUCCAGGAGUCAGCUCCGAUGAUUCUUGCCAGGGUUUCAUCCUCGCUCCCUCCAAUGUCUGGGGGUGAAUCGGACUCCCCGUCUAGCCGGGCGAAAUUCACGCGCAGCCGGCGCAAGAACUCCACUGGGAUGAUGCAUUCCAUCCAGAACGGCGCGGCCGCCGACGCGCUGGCAUCCUGGGCGUGCUCUCCAGCAGGAUCAUCGAUCAAGAAGGCGCCGGCCAAGGGUUCCAAGAAGGGAUGCAUGAAGGGCAAGGGCGGGCCGGAGAAUCCCCUGUGCCACUACCGUGGCGUGCGCCAGAGGACGUGGGGGAAAUGGGUCGCGGAGAUUCGAGAGCCCAAUCGAGGAUCGCGGCUGUGGCUGGGGACCUACGCCACUGCCGAGGAAGCGGCGAUGGCCUACGACGAUGCAGCGCGGGUGCUCUAUGGAUCGUGCGCGCGCCUCAAUCUCCCAGUCUCUGGGAGCGCCGGCGGCCAGCGAUCGCAAGCGAUCAACUUGGAUUCAUCGCGGCAGACUUCGUCCAGGAAGAAGAUGGCGAUCAAGGAGGAGGAGGAGGAGGAUUGUGACUCGGGUGUCAAGAUGGAGGAGGACGAUGGCGAGAGCAGCAUCUCCACGUCGUUCCAGUCGAUGCAGUCGCCAUCCUCGUAUGAUUCGUCGUCGGUGGAGCAGGGCGUGAGGGUGAAAGAGGAGCCAGGGGAGAUGAAGCAGGAGGAUUCCUCGUCGUCGUCCCAGCAGCAGCAGCAGUCGCAGGGGCUGGCGAUCAUGGACGACUUGGGUUUCAGCGAGUGCGAGGACUUCCAGGAGCUCAUCGAUCCGGAGGAACUCAUGCGGAUUGUGGAGGGAGAGGACUAUGACAGGAACACGAGCCAGAUUUGGCAGCAGCAGCAGCAGCAGUGCCAGCAGCAGCCAGCGGCCAUGGACGAUUUGAUGCCGUGGGAGGUGUCGUUCGAUCCUCCCAGCUAAUACUUCGCCCCCAACUCCCUGGUCAGCGCGGGGAAAGAUUUUGAGCAAGGGCGAUCGUUCUUUCUAUGUUCUUCGAUCGUUCUGUUCGUUUCACGCUUGGUGGAAAACUAGCGGGUUGGUCGGUUCAGUUGGAUGGUCGGUAGGAGGGAGUGUACACUAGGAACAAGAGAGGGAAAAGGAGAAAAUUUUGCUUGGUAGGUAGGAAGGAGGGUGCUAAAAUUCCUCCUUUUGUAAUUACCUAUAAUGAAAAGAAAAAAAUGCGUAGAAGCGUUUGAAAAGGCCCA